AUGGCCGAUCUAUACGAUGUUCUCGGAAUCUUACACGAUGCGGAGGACGAUGCAAUCGCUAAGGCGUACCGUCGCCACUCCAUGGCGGUGAAUCCACAAUGCAAUCCGGAUCACCCUGAUCCAGCUGCACUGGAAAAGCAAUUCAAACACGUUUCACAGGCAUAUGUCGUGCUCUCAAACCCCAAAGCACGAGGCAUCUACGACCUGUAUGGCGAGGAGGGUGUUCGGCAUGGUGGGACGGGCGCGCAGGGCAUUCCUGGUGGGAUUGAUCUUGACGCGAUAGAUCCCUAUGCUGUGUUUCGGAGUUUCUUUGGUGUUGACAACCCGUUUCAGGUGAUUGGGGAGAUCAAUGGACUACGCAACAAUAGACACAACUUCUUCAGUAGUACUGCUGUGAUCCCCAAGAGUCUCGUGAAGGCACCAUCCAUCGAGGUGCAGCUGCCCGUUACGCUAGAGGAUGUGUAUUACGGUGCCGUACGGCGAGCGUCUUGGAAGUGCAGUUUUGUCCGCCAGGGCAACGAAACGGUGGUGGAGGAGUUCUUUGAGCUCCGCGUGCCGAAAGGUGCACAUGCGGGAGAUAAAUUUGUUGUUGACGGUAAGGGCGACUGGGAGGAGGGCCGGGCACGUGGUGAUGUGGUCGUGGUGUUGGAAUUACUUCCACAUGAGCGUUUCCGCCGUGAAGGUGACGAUCUUGUCGUGAGGGUGCCCAUUACCCUUAGGGAGGCACUCUGUGGCGUAACCCUAACCGUACAAACGAUGGAAGGCACUGAUGUUGCGGUUCUCAUUGAUGAAAUCGUGCACCCAAAGUACAGCCGUCGCGUCGUUGGCCAAGGACUUCCACGUAAUGACGAGCCCUCUAACCCGCGUGGCGACCUCAUCGUCGAGUGUGACACAACAUUUCCAGGAUUUCUCACGCUAGAACAGAAAUCCGAGUUGAGCCGUAUUCUAGAUGCCAAGUAA